AAUUAUACUCGCGAUUGUUCCAAGCUUGUGCACGCGAUCAGCAUUGAUAUAUUUCGAGUAAAGAAAAGCAGACUAAGAUAAAAAAAGAUUCGUUUUCGAUACUUUUGGCGAGAUUCGAACGUGUUAUCCUACAUCUGUGCUUGUUCAUGUUUGCUCGUUCGAAUAUUCAGUUCAAUUAAAUUUCUAAGAUGAGAUAAGAGAGGGGGCCGAUGAUAGAAAAGUGCUGAGGCUGGAUUGUAAUCUUGUCUUUCAUUAUUUGACCGAGAAUCAUCAAUCAGCUCCGUUUUGCUCUCGCUGCCGGUUGCGUUCGCGUCAUAGAGCCUUAUCGUCAUAGAGUGAAAAAAGAAAAGAGGUUAGAACAGUUCGUGCACGGUUCCGUACAGCGAUCACGACGGCGAAGGAAAAAUGGCAAGAUUGAUCGCCCAGAUUAGCAGGUGCGCGAUAAAAACCGUUUCGCACGAUUUGCUCCAUACAGCUACGAAGUCGAAGAUACCCUUUGCCAUAGUGCGAUCCAUAACCACAACUCACUACUUGAGAGAUGAACGAUGGUACACCGAUAAGCACGAAUGGAUAACAGUAGAUGGCAAAAUCGGCACAGUCGGUAUAUCGGAUUACGCGCAAGAUGCUCUUGGAGAUGUGGUGUACGCGCAACUUCCCGAUGUAGGAUCGACAAUCAAGAAAAAUGAGGAAUGUGGAGCCCUAGAAUCAGUGAAGGCAGCUUCAGAAUUAACAAGUCCGGUCAGCGGGAGAGUCACAGCGAAAAAUGAGACAGUUGAAAGUAAACCCGGGUUAAUUAAUAAAUCUUGUUAUAAAGAUGGUUGGCUAUUCAAAGUAGAAUUAAGCGAUUCAGACGAGCUCAAGAGCUUAAUGAAUGAAGAGGCUUAUAAUGUGUUUUUGAAAUCGGAUGCACAUUAGAUCUAGAAAUCUAAUGUUAGAAAAGUUUCUUCAAAGUAGAAUUUGAAGCAAAUUGCCAGUUAAUUUCAAGAACUGUAUUUUUUUAAAGAUUUGAUAUUUUAAUGAACUUAUUUUAAUAAACAAAUACAAAAGACGUUUUACUUAAUUG